CGUUGCGCAACAGUAUCUUAAUUGACUGGGAAAAUGGUGCGCAAUAUUUUGAAGCCCAUAACCGUCUUCCGAUCACCACAUUCCCAUAAUCCACCGCGGUCCUCCACAUUUGGAUCUUGUACAGAGUGUCAAAUCCAAGAUGGCGCUUCACCGGCUAUUUCAGCUGACCUCCGUGCUGCGCUCCGCUGUGAGCCAGACUCUGCGCAGGAACAUCGGUAUCUCCGCUGUCCUCUUCAACCGGGCCAAGGAGCUCGACCCAGUCCAGAAACUGUUCUUGGACAAGAUCAGGGAUUACAAUGUCAAGAGCAAGGCUUCUGGCGGCAUUGUGGGUGCAGGACCUGCUUACCAGAAGAACAUGUCUGAUGAAGUAACCAAACUACAGAGACUAUAUGGUGGUGGAGACCUGACGAAGCUCCCUGACUUUAAAUUUCACGAGCCGAAGUUUGAUGAAGUUGCCAAGUGAAGCUUUCCCAGGUCCAUGUUUAUCUUCCUAAAUGAUACAAGUCACAAAUAUGUUGUAUUUAAUAAAAACCCAGUGGAUUGAACUAUGA